UUUCACAGCUCCUGUCCUCACGGUGUCCAGCUGCUACCAAGGACCUCUCGCAACAUUUGGGAAACUUGUGAUUUCCCAAAGAACAACUCAGGGAAGAGGAUUUGAAGAUUUUUUUUAUUUGUCGUUCACGCUCUCUGAGUGCAAAAAUGCAUUUAUUCACUUCAGAAUCAAGGAUCGCGUCGUCCUUUUCAGUCACAGCGUUUCUUUUUUUGGCACCCUUGCUGUUAAAGGGUCUCUGGGUCAGUGGCUCCCCGGGCUGCGCGUCCUGUGGCUUGUCGGCGAUGGACAAAGACGCAGAGGAAAGGCUGAUGAUAGAGUUCGCCAAGCAGCAACUUUUGGAGAAGCUGCACCUGAAAGAGAGACCAAACAUCACUCAAACGGUGCCUCGUGUGGCGCUCCUUACUGCGCUUCGCAAACUGCACUCGGGGCGCGUCAGACAGGAUGGUACCCUCGAACUAGAAAACAAUAUACCAACCAAAGAUCAAGGCUAUGAAAUAGUGAGCUUUGCAGAUAUACAUGAGGCAUAUAAUGGGGAUAAGGCCAGCCUUAGCCUUACCUUCCAGUUUCUGCAGGAACAUGGCCAAAGUAUACAGGUCCUCCAGUCAUCUCUGUGGAUCUACGCCCACUCCUCUGAAGACCCUCACAGGGACUCCCGUCUCCUUGCCCGUGUCUUCCUCUCCGCAGAUGAUGGGCUCUCAGACUCUAAUCGCACCCUGGUGAUAGAAAAGAUGCUGGAGGUCCAGGAGAGUAAUUGGCACACUUUCCCCAUUACCCGCACCCUGCAGUCCUUCCUGGAUGGGGGAAAGCGGCGCCUACGGCUUGAGGUCAGCUGUGAAGAAGAUGGGAAGAACCUUUGCUCCCUGGACACCUUGGGUGACACCCCCAACCAGCCCUUCCUGGUGGCUCAGGUCCGUCUCCGUGAAGACCACUCCAAACGCUCACUCAGAAAACGUUCGUUGCGUUGUGGUGCCGAUGUAACAGUGUGCUGCAAGAGAGACUUCUACAUCAAGUUCAAAGAUAUCCAGUGGGAUGAGUGGAUCAUUGCACCUGAAGGCUACCAUAUGAACUACUGCAUGGGCCAGUGCCCCCAACAUCUGUCUGGCUCCCCAGGAAUAGCAUCCUCCUUCCAUGCCACUGUCUUUAGCCAGCUCAAAGUCAAUGGCAUUAACACAGCUACAACUUCAUGUUGCAUUCCCACUGAGCGCCGACCACUCUCCAUGGUCUACUUCAACUCCCAGCACAGCAUUGUCAAAACAGAUGUCCCUGACAUGAUAGUAGAAUCCUGUGGAUGUACAUAAACGACAGAAUAUGGAAGACAUGGUUUAGUUAAUAGAUUUUUUUGUAUGUGUGUUGUAGACAGGUGGGUUAGAAGAAAUACAGAAACACACAUGAACAGUGUAGGCAUGUAUACUAGCGCUUGUGUUACUUUUCCACACAUGACUACAAGCUACAAAAUAAGAAAUAAUCAUCAUAAAAAGUUACAUUCUUAGCAAUAUAGAUGCUAAAUGUGUAAUUUUAUAUUUUUUCCCCUCAAAGGAAUAGAUUUUUUAAAUAAGUUUGUUUUGUCGUUGAAAGGUGUGUCAUGUGUAUUUUACACAAAGAUUAAAAAAAGGCACACGCAUUCUAUUCAAAAUUAAGAUUACACUAGGAAAAUUAUAGGCACAAAGAAAUAGAAAUUUUUACGAGUAUGGCCAUGGCAGUCCAACAUAUUUUAGUGAGAA